CUUCGGUGGUGCAAACAGAAUCAAGCCAGCUGACAAGUUCGUGUGCAGACCUUUCACUUGGUACAGAAGAGCCUUUAGUGUUAACUCGUUCCCAUGCUGCUGCUGCUGCUGCUCCAGUUUUCCAUAUGCUGCCUCAUGCUGGGGAACAGUGAGGUGGUGACAUCUUUUGAAAACACAUGCCCUCAAUUUUUCUUCAGGGAAACCCCCCCAAACGAUGCCAUCAAACCUGCCAAUCCAGCCCAGAUUUGCCAACUUUACAAGAAUCAAUAUCGCUUUGCUACUUUGUACGACAGAGACAACCACAUUCCAAUAUACUCUGCGUAUGUAUACCAACCUGGUUAUGGUAAGCGACCUGAUAGUUGGAUGGUAGAACCCCAGCUCAUUGGUUCAAAUUACCAAAAGGAAAUGGCAACUGAAUGGAUGCUCUUAAAUGGUGUCGGUGUUGACCAGGGACUGCUUGUCGAGAGCCAGGCCGGCCUUCAAGAUUAUAAGAAUCUGACUAAUUUCAACAGGGGCCACUUGAACCCCAAUGGGCACCAACCUGACCCUGACUAUAAAGCUGCUACCUUCACCCUGACCAACAUUGUGCCCCAGUUUAUGAAUCUCAAUAGUGGGAAAUGGAACAACUAUGAACAAGAAGUAAUGAUGAGUAGGACUGAAGGGUGUGCUACCACAUACGUCAUUGUGGGAGUGGUCCCUGGCAACAAUUACAUAGCUGGAGGCAGAGUCAAUAAGCCCAGCCACAUCUGGUCUGCCACCUGCUGUGAGAUUGAUAACAAUCACAGGAAGUCCUGGGCAGUCAUUGCUCCGAAUGAUCAGAAUGCAGUGGAGCUGCUCACUCUGGGUGAGUUAGAGGAGAAGCUGGUUGAACUGUACAGAAAGGAGGAGAUCCUUCUGUUUAACAGUGACUGUCCCCGACAAUAA